CGGCGGGCCCCCGCUCCAGCUGGCCGCGCGGCCGGUGGCCGGGCGUCUGCGAGCGGUGUCCGGGGCAGCCGCAGCCGCCGGAUCCACAUCCUCCCUCCGCGGGGCCUCCGCAGCCCGCGGCGCGGCUCCUCGCGCGCGCACCGGCCCCUGCAAGCGUGCCGCACCGGGCACCGCAGUGCCCAGCCGACCUGCGCCCCUUGACGCCCCCUGCCCCCCCACCUCCUUUGCUGCAUUUUGGAUUUUCUUGGCUUCUAUGGGGCGCUGCAGAAGUCCCGCUUGGCUCUGGGGGAGAGGGAAGCCAGUUCGACGACGAGUGUUUUCAGUUCGGCCAAACCCUGGGACUAGGGCUGGUCCAUGAGUCCCAGGUAGAACUGACAGGGUGGCUGCGUGACGUGCGCCCCAGCAGCGUGUGAAACGCCGGUAACAUCCUCGCUGAUAUCCAGAAACUGCAGAGAUUUAUAUCCACACCAUUACUGUGCAACUUUGGCUUCUAGGCAAUCACAUGGUGUCGAAGAAGCAAGCCUGAGGCCCCAGGAGAGGAGACCUUUGCCCUAGUUCUUUCCCGCCAAUAGGCUGAAUAAACCAACACCAUGGACUGGGGCACCCUGCACACUUUCAUCGGGGGUGUCAACAAACACUCCACCAGCAUCGGGAAGGUGUGGCUCACUGUCAUCUUCAUCUUCCGUGUCAUGGUCCUUGUCGUGGCUGCUCAGGAAGUGUGGGGGGAUGAGCAGGAAGAUUUUGUCUGCAACACGCUACAGCCGGGCUGCAGAAACGUGUGCUAUGACCACUUCUUCCCUGUGUCCCACAUCCGGCUCUGGGCCCUGCAGCUCAUCUUUGUCUCCACCCCAGCCCUGCUGGUAGCCAUGCAUGUCGCCUACUACAGACAGGAGGCAGCCCGCAAGUUCAGGCGGGGGGAAAAGAGGAACGAAUUCAAAGACUUAGAAGACAUUAAAAAGCAGAAGGUUCGAAUAGAGGGGUCCUUGUGGUGGACCUACACCAGCAGCAUUUUUUUCCGCAUCAUCUUUGAAGCGUCCUUUAUGUAUGUGUUUUACUUCCUUUACAGUGGGUACCACCUGCCCUGGGUGUUGAAAUGUGGGAUUGAACCUUGCCCCAAUCUUGUUGACUGCUUUAUUUCUAGACCUACUGAGAAAACCGUGUUUACCGUUUUCAUGAUUUCUGCAUCUGUGAUUUGCAUGCUCCUCAAUGUGGCCGAGUUGUGUUACCUGCUGCUGAAAGUAUGUUUCAGGAGAUCAAAAAGAGCGCAGAUGCAAAGAAAUCACCCCAAUCAUGCCCUAAAGGAGAGUAAGCAAAAUGAAAUGAAUGAGCUGAUUUCAGAUAGUGGUCAAGACGCAAUCACAGGUUUCCCAAGUUAAACAUUUCAAAGUACAAUGUAGCAGGCUCCUAACAAAACUGGUGUCUCCUCCAGAGGCAGUGCCAAGCUAGCAAGCCCCUCUCCAGGAUGAAGACUUUGUCUUUAUAAUGGCUUUCAUAAUACUUAGAUUCUGGGGUUAAUUUUCUGCAGGCUACUUGUGCCAUUAAUAUGCAACAUAAUAAAUAUGGAGUCCAUCCCUCACAAGUAAGACAGGAUGGCAACUGUGCCCUGAAGUAACUUUAGCAUGUUUUAAGUGGACCCUCUGACGUAGUGGGAAUUUCCUGAAAAUUUGUGUGUAACUAUUGUUGAUAAAGAACAUUUAUCUAGAAACUGAUACUUUGAUUAGAAAAAGAUAUUUUUAUAGGAUUGAAUUUUUAGUUCUGACUUUGAAUUUAUGUAAAGUAUUUUUAUAAUGACUGGUCUUCCUUACCUGGAAGAAUUAUACCUUAAGGAGCUGUCUCGAACUUACAAAGGACCUAGCUUGUAAAUAUUGUUUUGCAUUGUCUGUUGACAAACUUAUGAACUAUCAUGAUACUCUUAAGGUGGAAAGUGUUCAUUGUACAAUGUAUAUUUACUGUUUUCUGAAUGUAGACAGAGCUGUGUGGAAAGGGAAGUGUCUUUUAACCAGCCUAUUUGCCAUCAUUGUAAACAGCUGACACAAGAAUGUGCUCACCUCAAUAAAGAUUAGCCCCAUGCUAAAGCC